GACACUGGGCGCUCUCGCGCGGGGGGCAGCCCGUUCGCGACCCGGGAUGGGCCGGGGAUGGGCGCACGAAUGACUUCUCAAUAGGUAGCAACGAAUGGGCACCGCUCGGUAGCGAUGCGCGCCGCGGGGCUGCUGCUGCUCCUCGUGCUGCCGGCGUGCUCCGUUGCCCAGGCGUCGAACGCUGCGCGAGUCGGGGUCGUCCUGGGCGCGCUGGGCCGCCAGGCGCGCGGGCAGGAGUGGAUUACGAGGUGGGCCGACGAUGCGGACUGUAUCGUCGACGAAAGUUCGGAGGCCGAGGGCGGCGGGCUGCGCCAGCUCGACGUGCUCUGCGUGGACGACGACGUCGUCCUCGCGGACGACGCGUGCGACGCCGACGACAAGCCGGCCGGCACCUGGGAGUGCCUCGCCACGACCGUCGUCGUCGAUCCUGUAGAAGGGAACGACCUCAACGACGGCACGGCGGAGUCUCCACUGAGGACGCUGCGGGCCUGCAUAACACGCUUCGGCGAGGACCACUCGGCGACGAGGAAGCUGCCGGACGACGAUUAUACGCAACUCGUGUGCGCGCUGCGCGACGGCGUCUACCGGGACGAGGCGUCGACGCCGCUGGACGGCGUCGACCACUUAUUGGUCAAGCCUUUGAAUGAUGGCGGCGUCGUGGUCUUCGACGGCACGGAUCCGCUGUGGGGUUUAACCUGGACGAAGCACGCGACGCUGGAGACGGUGGUUAUUGCAGAGGCACCCUUCACGAGACGUCCGGAGGUCAUCGUGGGCGGGAGCGGCCUCAUGUGCGCGAAUGAGAGCGCGAUUGUGGACGGGAACCACGACCCGAAGGCCGGCUACGGCACUAUGAGUCCGCCUUGUUUUUACUGGGCGCCCGACGAGGCCUGGGUCGCUGGUGAAACGGCCUUUGGUUUGGAGGACGCCGUCGCCUUUUACGAACGGGGCGAAGCUGUCGAUGUCGAAGGGCUCAAUCUCCCGUGGUUCUGGGUCGACGAGCGACUUCACCAGAUCCAUGUGGACCUGGCCCGGGCGCCGCCGGAGGCGGCCGGCCACGAGGGCAUUCUGGUGCGCGUCAAGAACGCGAGCCGCCAGGACGCAUUUAGUAUAGGCAACGCAUCCCAUAGAAUUCAUGUCAGGGACAUGCUCUUCUACGGCACGAGUUGCUGCGGCGACGGACCGACGUCAGAAAUGGACUCGGCCGACCUGCGGAUCACGCGGUCUAGAUUCUUGUAUGCCCCGUCAACGGGCAUCCGCCUCAAGACGACGCGGCGCACCUCGCGGGGCGGCACGCCCUACGUCAAUUUCGAAAACAACACGGCCGAGUUCGGCGAGGCAGCCCUGUUCUACAAGGGCACCGGCUCCAGACUUAUCGGAAAUUACUUCGCCUUCAACAGCUUCGAGGCGCGGAGCCCCUACACGCUCGACAACCAGGCCCAGCGGACUGUGGUCGCGUACAACACUUUAUUAUACAACGGCGACAAGGCGGGGCAUUUCAGCUGGGCGCGGGGCCACCACUGCCACCACAACUUAGUUAUUGCCCAGGAUUUUUUGGGGCCGCGCUUCGAUGCUGCGGUCUUCCACGCGCUGACCGGUGCCCAAGAAGGGCUCGUGGUGGAGUACAACUGGGUCCUCGGGCCGUCUCUCGUCUCGUUCACGCGCCUGGACACGGCCUCGAAGACGACGCCCGACGAGGCGGGGAGCCACGCCAUUAUUAGAAGGAACGUGCACCUCGGCCUCGGCAUCACGACCAAGGGCUACAACCACACCGUCGAGCACAACACGGGCUCGCGGUUCCUGGCCGUCGAGUCCUGGAAGCUCGUGACGAGCUGUGUGGAAAUCAACCAGUGCGUCGGGUGCUCAUUUCUCGGCAAUGACGCGGCUGACCUGGCUCGGUCGAGCGGCGAGGAACCGGCAUCGCCACGCCAUCGAGCAGGCGUCGCGUCGAUGGCGUGGAGGACGACGCGAUGAUUCAGCACGAACGCGCCGUAAAAUUUGAUUUCCACACAGGUGACAAACAACAACUACGCGUCCGUGGCGCGCUACAACGCGCAUACCGAGGUGGCAGCGAGGGCGUCGACGCGGCCCUUCGGCGCGAUCCCGGGCCUGGCGUCGCUUAAUGCAUGCGGGGACUUGCGGGUGUGCAACUACCAGAACUUGACCGCCGAGCACUUCCUCGCGCGGCAGCUCCGACCCCUCGAGGACGGCGUCAUGGCCGAGCUCAUCAACGCGAACUGGCCGGCGCUCGACACGUCGGGCACGGGCGAGGGGACCAUCUACGCGCCCGGCAUUAGCGACGAGCGCCGGCGGCUGACUUCGGUGGAGUGGCCAGCCCGCGACACGUCGGGCAGCCCUCUUCAUCGAGGACGACGCCGGAUUUCCACAAACUGCACGUCGUGCGCGCCGGCGACGCCUUCGCCGAGCGCUACUCCUACGCCCGAGCCGACGCCUGCUCCGUCGCUCGAGCCGACGCCCGGACCCUCGCCGGCGCCCACGCCGGAGCCCUCAGCGAAGCCCACGCCCCGGCCGACGCCGCGGCCGUCGCCGGAGCCUACCGUCGAACCGAGCGCUCGUCCUACACCUGAGCCGACGCCGCGGCCGUCUCACGACCCCACGCUGGAGCCCACACCGGCCCCGACAGUUCGACCCACGCCUGCUCCGACGACUACGCCUGGCCAUCCGACGGCGGCUCCGGUCUUCAGCCCGACGCCGCGGCCUUCCCCGGUCCCAACGCCGAAACCGACGCCUGUGCCGACGCCGGCUCCGAGCCCGGCGCCGACGCCCGUGCCGACGCCUCGGCCGUCCGAGGAGCCCACGCCGGCCCCGUCGCACAAACCGACGCCGUUGCCCACGCAUAAGCCGACGCCCCAGCCGUCGCCGGCGCCGACGCCGCUGCCGACGGAGACGCCGACGCCGCUGCCGACCGACUGGAACGAAGCCGGCGUGACGGACGGCGUCGCGUUACUGGGCCUCUUCGAGCCGCGCGAAAUCGGGACGCCUACGGCUGAGGACAUGGACUUUCGCCCGAAGCCCGACGGCCGGCUCGUGUGGGACUGUGACGAUGACUGCGACGGCGACGGGAGCACUUAUAACUACAUCGACAAGGCGCCGAAGUGGACGACGUGGGACUCGUACGCGGGCGCCUACGCGCCGGACGACGAGCUGUGGGUGCCGGGCUGCCACGACUGCGUCAAGGGCGGCCGAUACGCCGGCGACGCGUUCCCCUACUCCGCGCCGCUGGGCCCGUCGCCGAUGCCGACGAUGGUGCCCACGUCGGUGCCGACGUCCAUGCCGACGACGUCGUCGCCGACCAACGUGCCUUCCACAGCAGUGCCGUCUCCCGGACCUUCGUUCAGGCCGACGCCAAAGCCUUCGGCUCGGCCGACGCCGGUUCCCUCCGUGGAACCUACGCCCUCGCCGACGCCGGCGCCGACGCCUCGCCCCUCUAAUCUGCCGACGUCCGAGCCGAGCGCUCGACCGACGCCGCUGCCUAGUCCCCAGCCAACGCCGGAGCCGUCGCCAGCGCCAGCUCCGGCGCCAACGCUGAGGCCGACGCCCGCACCCACGGCUACGCCUGGAAAUCCGACUGCGGCGCCUGUAUUUGCGCCCACGCCGCGCCCUUCCCCGGUGCCGACGCCGCGACCCACCCCGGAGCCGUCAGGGGCACCGUCGCCGGCGCCGACGCCUGUACCGUUGUCGCGGCGUCCGAAGCACAUUUGCGUCGUCGGGUCAGCGCAUUCGCGUCGUCGGGUCAGCACAUUCGCGUCGUCGGGGCGCGAGCGUCAUCCCACCGCAGGACGCCGCGACCGACGCCAGCGCCGACGUCUAUGCCGUCGCGAGAACCGACGCCGGUACCGGUGCCCCAGCCCUCGCCCGAGCCGUCGCCAGCCCCGAGCCACAAGCCGACGCCAGACCCGACGCCGAAGCCCUCAAGAGAGCCCACGCCCUUGCCAUCGCCGGUGCCGACAACCGCGCCGACGAUGGAACCGACGCUGCACCCUAGUGCCGUGCCCAGCCCAGCACCGACGAACGAGUUCCCCGUGUGCGGCGUGCGGAUCACCUUGGGCCGCGACCAAGAUCCGAACGACUUCCAGUGCGUGACGGAUCCCUCGGCGACGGAGCACGACGGCAAGAAGAUCGCCUUCGCGUGCUGCGGCGCCGAUACCUGCUCGCGGAAGGACGAAGACGGCGAGUGCUACGCGGGCCACCUGUCCGACCUGGCUAACUUUGCGCCGAAAACCUGGUACGAGGCCACGAACGUGUGUGCGGCCGAGGGCAAGGUCCUCUGUGGCGUCGAGGAGCCUUGUAAGGGCUCGGGCUGCAGAUACGACUUCAACUACCAGUGGACGGGCGAGGAGUGCCAGGACGGCGACGCGGGCCUGCCGGAACACUGCUGGCCCGAUCCUUCGCCGAUGCCUACGGCCGAGCCCUCUGCACGACCUACGCCGCUGCCCAGUCCCCGGCCAACGCCGGAGCCGUCGCCCGAUCCUACGCAUCGGCCAACGCCGCUGCCUACUCGGCGGCCGACGCCGGUGCCGUCGCUCGAUCCUACGGCACGACCGACGCCGCUGCCCAGUCCGCGCCCGACGCCAGCGCCGACGCUAGCGCCUACUCCUGCUCCGACGCCUGAGCCGUCGCCGUGGCCAACUCCCGAAGCUGGCAACCCGACGGCGGCUCCCGUCUUUGCGCCGACCCCGAAACCGACGUCGAUGCCGACGCCGCGGCCGACGCCUGUGCCGACGUCCUCACCGUCGGCCAGGCCUACACCGAUCCCGACGCCGCGGCCCACCGGGGAGCCGUCGCCCGCGCCGUCGGCCAAGCCUACGCCACAGCCGACGCCGCGGCCGAGCCCCGCGCCGAGCCCGCGUCCGACCGGCCCCCCGUUCAAUCCGAGCGCCGUACCGACGCCCGCGCCGACGGCCGAGCCGACCUACGCGGUGAUCUCCGGCUCCGCCACGUUCUCGGGCAUCUCGUACGACGACGCGAACGGAGCCUCGGCCAGGGCCGUCUUUCGGGACGGGCUCAGUCGCCUGUCGGCCGCGAUCACCGACGACCGCGUGGCUCUCACGCGCGUGGCGGCGUCGGCGCGCCGGCGCCUCGCGGACGGCGUCGCGAUCGACUUCGAGAUUAGCGUGACGCCCGCCGAGAGGGCCGCCGUCGAGGGCGACCUGCGCGCGGCCAUGGACGACCCGAGCCUCCUCGACGCGGCCCUCCGGGCGGCCGCGGCGGCGAGCGCCGAUCCCACGAUGGUGGGACUAUUUGCCACCAUCAAGACGGAGAGCUUUGGCGUCGACCUCGCGCCGCCGACGGCCGCGCCGACGCGCGCGCCGCCGUCGAAGAAGAAGGCGGCGGACGAGAUGCCGGUGCGCGACGUCAUCCUUCUCCUCUGCUUUAUCUUUCUGCUGCUCUGCGCCUGCGCCGCGGCGAACAUCCUCUUGAUCAAGCGGAAGCGCCUCGAGUCGUGGAAGGACACGACCGUGCCGCCGCUGACGCCGUCCUCGCCCUCGCCGCUGUUCCCGCGCGUGCGCCAGGACGACGACGACGACGAGAGCGACGCUUCGGACGGCGAAGAAUCUCUCCCCGAAGAACCUAUAACGCCGAGCGUGCAGACGCCGCUCGUCGAUCACCUCACCGGCGUCGAGACGGUCGACGUCCGGCCACCCGUCGAGACGGUCGACGUCACGGCCGUCGAUAUGGGAUGCGACGAUGUUUUAACCGAACCCCAGCGCCGCUGGCAGCUGUUGCGGGACGAGUUCCUGAGCUUCGACGAACGCCGGAACGUCGUGCGGUCCGACACGGUCGACGACUACGACUACCCGGUGUGUGGCUGCGUGAGUCCUCCGGCGAUCGAGAAUCCGCGGGCCGCUCUCCGCGGUGCCGGCGCGUCGAUGUGGAACCUGCUCUCGCCUCCGGCUGCCCCCGACGCGGCGAGGCCGGCACUCGGCCAGCGUGCUCGGUCCAUGUGGGGCCUCAGGAUGUCGCCGCCGGCCACCGACGCGGCGCGGCCGGCACUACGGGGCCGGCCGUCCCUGUGGAACAUGUUCUCACCACCGCGCGCCGCCGACGCGGACGCGGCUGAGGAGGACGCGUUGUUCAGUUACGACGUUACGUAGUACAUAAGUAUACAUAUUUUAA